AUGGGUGAGAAAAGCAAGAUUUUGAUAAUUGGAGGGACGGGUUACAUUGGCAAACACAUAGUGGAAGCAAGUGCAAAGGCUGGACAUCCCACUUUCGCUUUGGUCAGAGAAUCCACAAUCUCUAACCCCGCGAAGACUAAACUCCUUGACAAUUUCAAGACUUUGGGCGUUAAUUUGAUCCCUGGAGAUCUCUACGAUCAUGAGAAUUUGGUUGAAGUCAUGAAGCAGGUGAACGUUGUCAUAUCGGCUGUGGGUAGUUUGCAGAUUGCUGAUCAAGUCAACAUCAUCGCUGCAAUUAAGGAGGCUGGUAAUGUUAAGAGAUUUAUCCCUUCGGACUUUGGGAACGACGUGGAUCGUGUUAACGCUGUGGACCCAGCAAAAUCAUUUUUUGCUACCAAAGCCCAAAUUCGACGUACCAUUGAAGCCGAAGGCAUACCAUACACAUACGUCUCCACCAACUGCUUCGCUGGCUAUUUUCUGCCCACGUUUGCCCAGCCAGGUGCCGCUGCUCCACCUCCACCCAAUCACAAACUCAUUAUCUUUGGCCAUGGAAAUAUCAAAGCAAUAUUCAACAACGAAGAGGACAUAGGAACCUACACCGUUAAAGCUGUGGAUGACCAGAGAACAUUGAACAAGGUUCUGUACCUUAGGCCUCCUAAGAACAUUUAUUCAUUCAACGAGGUUGUGGCCUUGUGGGAAAAGAAGAUUGGGAAGACCCUCGAAAAAUCUUAUGUUUCAGAGGACAAGCUUCUCAAGGACAUUGAAGAGGCACCACUUCAGAUCAAACUGGGAUUAGCAAUCAGCCACUCGGUGUUCGUGAAGGGUGACCACACCAACUUUGAGAUUGAGCCUUCUUUUGGGGUUGAGGCUUCCGAGUUGUACCCAGAUGUCAAAUACACCACCGUGGAAGAAUACCUUGACAAGUUCGUUUGA